CGACGCGACAUCCAUCUGUCGGGAAAGAUUACUCGGGACGACUCGACCCCGCGUGGUGUCCUGGCUGCGACGUUGUUGUCUCGAGCUGCCGACAGCGAGUUGUGGUGCCACCAGCAUGGGACACACACGGUGUCCAUGUUGUGGGCAGGUCGCGUGCCCCAGGAGGUUGUCGAUCAGGAAAAGUGUUCUCGAUGCCUGGUUUUAGUAACGAGUGACACGCGCCGAGCGAUGCCCGACAACUGGGCAAGCAUGCGGACGAGGCGCGCACGCUGCAACCCACCACGUCGAGGAAACCAGGCAAGCGUCGCGGCAUCGACGUCCCUCUCCGGUCAUGCUGGGAACGCACUUGGAGCGAGCCAACGGGGGGAUCCUGUUCGUCCAUCGACACGGCGUAGAGAUGGCCAUUUUCAAGACGAAAGCCAGCCACAGGUGGCAGUCAUCGUAGCCGGACGUCAUUGACAUGUUGCAACUCCGACACAAUUGGAGACCUCCCUGCUGCUGCGAACAGAGGAUGGAACGUGACAGGAAGCGACAGUGGAUAUCGUUGAUGGCGGCCCCCGACGCGACAAGGUCAACUGUCAGCACACAUUGGCACCGGCGACGUCCAUGAAAACCACGGGACGUCCAUCGCCCCGCCUUCCUCGUCGCCGCAUCAGCCGAUGCGACGUUCAAAUUCGUUCCCACGUGUAUCAUGGCCGAGUCAGGCGUCAGCAGCAUGUGGGUCCAUAAAUGGCAUAUUUUAGAAUUCUUCAACGUGCCCACCACAUGCCGUUGGUGUUGACGGGUUGUCCCUGG